UCAAAUCUUGGUUGACUGAAGUGUUUAGGGGAGAUGGACCUUGCCACCUUGGUUAUUAAGGUGGCCUUUUGCGGACUGAAAAAAGGAAAGAAGAAAAACCCUUUUGCUAAAAGCCCGUAAAACCCUUCUCCUCUACACUACAGUGUGUACGAAAAACCCCAAAGCAGCAAUUGAUACACAGUCACAGACACAGACACAGUAGUAAUACAAUACAAUGGCCAUCACCAUCAGAUUGAAACACUGGCAAACUGCCCUUACUCACCAUGGCGCGUCCCUACUCUCCUGCCUUCAGACCCAAACCCAAACUCCCUCUCGCUCCCUAUGCUCUCUUCUUUCACCCACCAAUUCUGAGGAGGAUCAGAAACGGGGACAGAAUGAGGAGCAAAAGGAAAUGUUUCGCAUGAAUUACAAAGUCGAUGCCGCUUCUCAUGACACCCGUCAGCCUUUCAAGCCUUCUGUUUUUUUCUAUAUUGGGAAUCAGGGUCAUGAAGCUAGCGUAGGGGAUUUUAUAUUCACGGAAAGACUUAAAUAUGUUGAUGUCAAAGACAAGGUGGAAUUCACCAAGGUUGGCUUAGUUUCACUAAAAAGGAAGCUUUUCUUGCGUCACCCACUCCAACGCUUGCUGCAGAAUGCAUAUGUUAAGACAGUAGUUGAGGCUCAUGUUCAAGAGUUCGGAAAGGAUUUCACUAAGUUGAGAGUUGUUGAUUUUGGCUUCUUAGAUGACGAAGGCAGAAAAAAAAACCUCAAGUUUUGAGGGAACUUUUAAACAAUUCAUGGUGGAAGUUAGGGCAUGUGUUGGGGCAGAACUCAGAAGACAAAGGCAAAUGCUUUUAAUCUUGAAUAUUGCAGCCUUGCUUACACCUCUGGUUAUCCUAAUGUAUUCCAGAUUUAUAUUUCAUUUAAAUUAUGUCUCAUUCCCUGCCUACUAGUUAGAGAAUAGAAACAACUUUGUGUUUGGUUUAAAACGUAUAGUAUUUUAGGUGUAAUAUGUCAGAUUUCUUAAUUGAAUUCAAAUACUUGUAUGCAUUGAUUUUAAUUUUCCUUGAAUAAGAAAACACUAUUUAUAUUUUAUUGGUUAGCAUAAUAACCAUUGUAACGCAUAUCCUUAGAGUUGAGUAAAUUCCUUAUAGAUUUAGAAGAGUAUAAGGCAUCAUCAAUAAAAAGUUUAGUGUCUUUGGGCACUAUAAUAUUUUA